CCCAGAGUGGUGUGCAAGGCUUGCUACAUCGAGUGUGCAACACUUCAUCUGUUUCUACUUUCUCAACUUUACUCUUUUCACCUACCCUGUUAUUCUGACCCUGUUGACAGGAUAGAAUAUGGACUGGAAUCUUGCAUUGUACAUGUUCCUGAUUUCUGUAUCUCAGUCAGUGUUGGCUUUCAACAUUGAUCCAAAUCCAUGGAAAGAUUUUACCCAACCACAAAACAUAGCCUUCGGGUACAAGGUGAUACAGAGAGAUCGUGACAGUGUGAUUGUGAGUGAUCCAUUACUCCAAAGUCAGAAUCAAAGAGGGAAAGUCUACACGUGUGCUGUUAGUAACGGACAAUGUUCACCAAUGCAAAUUAAUGUUCCCUCUGAGGCUGUCAACAUGUCACUUGGGUUGUCAAUGACUAAAGAUCGCAGGUCUACAAACGUAGUGGUCUGUGGCCCAACCAUUCCCAAGGACUGUAAGCAGUUUACUUCUUACAAUGGCAUGUGUUUUAAACUGGGUUCCAAUAGUCCUAUACCACGCACUUUGAGAGAUUGUCCAUCAAGAACAGACAUUGCUUUCUUGCUGGAUGGCUCUGGAAGUGUCAGCGAGAGUGAUUUUACUAUAAUGAAGGAAUUUGUUAUAAACAUGAUUAACGAGUUCAAAGACAGAGAUUUUCAGUUUGCAGUUGCACAAUUUUCUUUAAACAGUGUAAUACAUGUACAAUUCAACACGUUUUCAAGCACUGAACAAAUACGUACAAUCAGACAAUUGCGUGGUAGGACCCACACAGCCUCUGCUAUCAACAAAGUUGUGGAUGAAGUAUUUACCAUUAUGGCAGGGGCCAGAGAAAAUGCUAACAAAGUGUUGGUGGUCAUCACUGAUGGCCAAUCAAAUGAUAGAAUUCCACUGCCAGAUGCUGUUCAGAAUGCAGAGAGGAAGAACAUUAUUCGCUAUGCUGUAGGGGUCGGCAAUGCCUUUCAAACUAAUGCAGCAGAACAAGAGUUGAAUACUAUUGCGUCGGAUCCAGACAAUAAACAUGUAUUUAAAGUGGAUGACUUUUCUGUAUUAAAGGAAAUUCAAAAAACACUGGAAGCAAAUAUCAUUGCAAUUGAGGGAACCCAGGCUUCAGGAGACUCCACCAGGAUGGAAUUUGCACAGGAUGGCUUCACUGCAGACUUUGAUGAAAAUAGUAACAUGAUAAUGAGUGCAGUUGGAGCAUUUCAGUGGAAAGGUGGUUAUCAGAAGUACAGCAGUACAAGUGGAACACCACUAAACUCCUUUCAGAAGGGCAACGGUAAUGAAAGUUAUCUAGGUUAUUCCAUGGUGGUAGCACAAACCUUUAGGCAAUUCUACAUCAUUCAGGGAGCUCCAAGAGAUAAGCACAUGGGGGCAGUGAUCAUAUACAAUGGAGACAAUGUCUUUCAGGCACUGGAUCCUCCCGAGCCUCAAAUUGGUGCCUAUUAUGGUGCUGAGUUAUGUGUUGUGGACUUGAAUUUGGACAACAUCACAGACCUCCUACUUGUUUCUGCUCCGAUGUAUAAUGAGAAGGAUCAGGAAGGAAAAGUCUUCAUCUACACCUUUCAAGGAUCUUUUGGGUCCCAGCUACAAUACAUAGGGGCAGUGAAAGGAAUCUCAGGACAAAGGGGGAGGUUUGGCCUGACGCUGGCGAGCCCUGCAGAUCUAAAUGAAGACAGCCUGGUGGAUGUAGUGGUAGGAGCACCUCUAGAAGAGAAUAACCAGGGCAGCAUCUACAUCUUUAAUGGGAGAAAUGAAGACAUUGCCCGCACCUUCUCCCAGAGAAUCACAGGCUCGUCUGUGCGCAAUGGACUGCAAUUUUUUGGUAUUUCUCUGAGUCCAUCUGCUCUGGACCUUAGUGAAGACCAACUGCCAGAUCUUGCUGUCGGUUCCAAAGGAGCUGUCUUGCUUUUAAGAUCCAGACCCACUGUGGAUUUGCAGAACACAGUAACUUUCAUCCCGUCCAAAAUUCCCACCAAAGACGUUGACUGCAACAAACCUUUAACAAACAAAGUAAAAUUGUGUUUCAAAAUGACGAGGCUGAAUAAUGACAAACAAGAUUUGUCUGCAAAGAUAAACUAUACAUUAAUGCUUGAUGCCAAACGACAGAGCUACCGGGCCUACUUUUCAGAAAAAAAACGUAUUCUAACUGACACAAUAGAUGUGUUGCUACAAGAGAGCUGCAAGGAACACGUCAUCAGUCUAGAGACCUGCCCUAAUGAUGCAGUAAACCCAAUAAUUAAUGAGUUAAAGUAUACAUUUGAGGGUCUUCCUAUUAAUCAACAGGAUAAUUUGCGGCCGAUACUGCGACCUAAUACAAAGAAUACCUCAGAUUAUAACCUGGAUUUUGAAAUAAACUGUGGAACUGAUAACAUCUGCAUUGAUAAUCUCAAAGUGGAUUUUAAUUUUUCUCGAUACUCAGUCAUACAAGUUGGAAUAAUGCAAGAACUGAAUGUAACUGUUUCCAUAGUGAACAGAGGGGAAAAUUCCUACAACAGUCGAGUAAUUCUUAAGUACCCUUUUGGACUCUCUUUCAGGAGAUCCAGCACUAAAGAGGGUAGAGUGGAGUGUGAAUCUGUGGAUAGUGAUGAAAAAGCUACACUGGGGACGACGACUUGUCUCAUCAGUAAACCAAUUUUCAAGACUAAUGGUUUGGCUAUCUUUGAUGUUACAUAUAGCAUAAACAGAGAAAGUAACUUUGAAAGGAUGAUGAAAUUCACUGCAUCUGCUUCCAGUGACAAUGAUGUACAUUCACCUAACAAUGAACUCUUCAGAGAAAAAAACAUUGAUGUUAAAUAUGCCAUCUACGUUGUGAUGAUCAGGCAUGAAAAUUCCACUAUUCACAUCAACUUUACUGCAGGACAAAAUAACCUUGAGAAACCAGUCCACCAAAUAUUCAAGGUGGAAAAUUUCCUCAGGGAUUUGAGCUUCAACAUUUUCAUCAGAGUACCCAUAAAAUUAGGAGUUAAGGACAUCUGGACUAAUAACAACUUGGAGAUUCAAGGCUGCAGUGCAGACAAAGAUGAGCAACCCACAAUCCAAGAUUUUGUAGAAGCACUGAAAAAUCAGCCAGAGGUGAAUUGCUCUGUAGCUGUGUGCAGAGUGUUUAAAUGUGCUGCAAGUCUCAUUAAAAACCAAGCUAUAUACUACAGCAUCUCUGGUAAUGUCAGCUCUGGAUGGCUUGAACAGAUUGGACUGAAAUCAGCCAUUUUUGAGCUGGUCAGUACAGCAACCCUGGACUACAACGAAACAACAUAUAUCUACUCCCCCUCUGGUUCUAUAAACACUGCACCUAUUGCCAAGGUUAAUACCCAGGUGGAGCUGUAUGAAGAUAAAUUCCCACUUAAGCAGGUCAUUGGUGGUGGUGUAGGAGGAAUUGUGCUUUUUGCUGUUAUCACUGCUGUUCUCUAUAAGACUGGGUUCUUCAAAAGCAACUAUAAGACGAUGUUGGAGGAAGCAGGAGCAGCAGCCGGAGAGGAAGGAACAGGAGACGCCCUCGUGGCAGAGUGAAGAGAGAUCACUCGGCUUCAAAUUGUGUUUAAUCUUAUUACACAUAUAAGGUGUCAGUCUGGUGUUUCUAACCGUAAAUCUCCUGAAAUCUUUCUGGAGAGUGCACAAUGCUAUCCAGAAUGACCUCAUAUGCUAAAAGAAUCUAUCAAUUUACAAUCAAAUUCAUAAGUAAACCUGCUUAAAGUUUCUUUUAUCGCUGUUGCAGCUUGUAGUGAUUUUAGGAAAGCUUACAAUACACAGUAUUAUGGUUGGCAUGCUAUAUUCACCAUGUGUUCAGACUUGAACUGGUGCAUCGAGAUCACAUUUUAAUAACUGGAACUCUUAUUUGCUCAAAAAGUAAAACCUAUUUGUGCAUUUUUUGAUGUCUUGGUUAUAAUACUGAAUUAUUUCUUAUGAUCAGAAGAAUCAGAAUCAGCUUUAUUGCCAUGAUAACUAAUGAAAUCUAUUUUAUAUAUUGACCUAUAUAUAUAUUUUUUGUUCAUUCUUCAGAUGUGUUUAACAUUUAGCCUAAUGUGUAAUGGUGAAAAAUAAUCUAUUCGAAUAGAUGAUCUAGUCAGAAAUUGUGCACAGUUUACGUGAUAUAUUUUUACUACAGCUUAAUGCAAUUUAUUUAAUCAGUUGUCCAAACAUUUUAGUUUUCUUGUCACAGAUUUUAAAAAAUACCUUUUAUCAUAGUCUCUGGGAAACUGAAAAGAAGGGAAAAGUUUAUAAAGUAAUGUGAUUUAUGAUUAUGCCUUAAUUCACACACAUUAUGAAAUAUACGUUUUUUCUGUAAAUAUGCUCCAUUAUGCUCCAUUGUUAUGGGAUACAAUAUUACCUGUUGAUACUCUGCCCCCUUGUGGCCAUAAUUGCAAACACAUCCCUUAAAUAAAAUCCAUUUAUUUCAGAAUGUA